AUGGAUUCGGAAGUAUGUGUUCUGGAGCUUCUUGGUGUAUUCCUCUCUCUGAGCGCCUGGCUCUUCUCAUUGACCACCACUCUGAUGUCGCAGUGGCUCACUCUGUCCACCGAUCUUCUUCCUGCUGAGAGCUACGAACUGGGACUGUGGGGCACGUGUGUGGUGCAGGAGCUGGGGAUUCUGGAGUGCCGACAAUAUGACAGCCUCCUUGGACUCCCUCCGGAUAUCCGUUUGGCUCGGAUCCUUAUGUGUGCCGCCUUGGCAACUGGUUUAUUGGGAAUAUCUUUUGCAAUCCCAGGCAUCUACCUGGUCAACAGUUGUAAAGGUGCUGAGACCCUCAGAGAGAAGAGGACUCUGAAGAUGAUGGGGGGAGUGCUGUGUUUCGCUGCAGGAAUUAUGGCCCUGAUUCCUGUGUCAUACAUAGCCCAUCUGACCGUUCUGAGAUUCUUCGAUGAGUCCAUUCCUGAUGUGGUUCCACGCUGGGAGUUUGGUCAGGCACUGUUCUGGGGCUGGACUGCAGCAUUUCUGCACAUUGUCGCUGGAUCAUUGCUUAUUACCUCCUGUGUCUGCCUGCAAGAUAUACCAUGUCCACUGCCAGAGUCUGUACCACUGCGAGGAAGACAAGCCAGUCCUGAAAUUUCUCCAGGAAGGAGGACAGAAUAUGUGUGA